GGGGGGGGGGGUAUUAUUCAUACCUCCUCGAUUUGGCUUUCAUCCCGAGACUUGGGAACAGGCUGCUCACCACAGACAGAGGAUUUUUCAGGCAAAGGAAAAUCAAUUUGGUUCAUGUCCGAAAAUUCGGUAGUAUCGGUAUCCAAUUUCAUUACCGUCUCGCUCAUCAGCUCAGAAUCCGAUAAAUCUUCAUUCCCUUGAAAAGGCUCAAAACUGCAGCUUUGCUCUUGUAAAACGAACUUCUUGUAUGGGCCUCGUUUCCCUUUUGCUUUGCGCUUUCCAGUUUUUUCAACGUCCAUUUUUCAGUUGUCUUCAACUGUUCUCCUCUAUCAGUACUAUUUUCAAUAUACAUGUAACUGAGUAACUCAAUACCAGGCAAAGAUUCUGAGUUGGCCGAUUAAGGCAACCAAGGGGUGUUAUUGUGCUUACGAUUUUUUUACGGGAUACCCUUUUUAAAAAUACUAUCAUGCUUUAUAUAUUUUUUAAAAAGUGUGUGUGAGUAUGUCAUAUGUAUUGAAAUUACAAAUUGUUGAUAUAAUUCCGUAUUUACGUUUAUUAUCAUGAUUAAUUGUGAUACUUGUGACAUAAUCAGAACGUUCAAGUUUGCUUGCGCUGCAUUUAUAACCCCUGGGGUGCCCUUAGCCUGGUUCUCUGAAAUCUGAUCAUGAUGCCAUGUGAUGCUGACCACUGCUGACCACCAACUGUUUACGCGCUUGAUAAAUCUUUGUUCACAAAAAGCCACGGUAGACAUUUUGAUAACACGAAAGUUCGCUACACUCUUGAUCACUUUGCCUUUAUUAAACUUAAUUCUAAAGAUGUUCGGAUGUGUUUUCUUCCACGAGGAUAAAAGUUUGAGCGUUGUUGGAGAGAAGUCUAAACGGCUGGAGCUCUUGGGAUCUUUUCAGGAGAGAGAAAAAGUUAACAUGAAGUGGGGAAAAGACAUUUUCUCGGGAGUUAUUGUCCAUGUGCAUGAGAAUCAAGAUCUACUUGAUGCAGAGACUGUAAAGGCAGAGAAGAAAGUUCUGAGAGGGAAGAACUUGAGCUCUGAAGACAGUGUCGAACUACUUAUCGCGCAUUUCAAAAAAGCUGAGAAUGAAAACCAGUCUGAGAAAAGAGACAGGAAACGGGAAAGGAAUCAAACGGAAAGGGCCAAAGAAAGCCAAGAACAAGACAAAGAAAUGAGCCCUAAAAAGAAGAGAAAAAAUGUGGAAAAUGAAGACAAAGAUAAUCAAAUCGAAGGGAAAGAUGAGGGAAGGAAAAACAACAAUGAAGAAAAGAAAAACAAUGCAAAUGAUGAAGCAAAGAAAAACAAAAACAAGCCUGAUAAAAAGAACAAAGUAGAAGAAAAGAGUAAGAAGAAAACCCUGGAAGUUGCAACACCAAAAAUUAAAGAGAGACAGGAAAAGAAGGCUGAGAGUAGUGUACAGCUGCUAACUUCAAAAGAGAUGCUUUCAUCAUCAUCUUUGUGUGAACAGUUUGGGUUAGCAGCUGCAACACAAAAUAUUGACAAUAGCAAGGAUGACUUAACUCUGACAUCAACCUGGGCCCUCUGCAACCCAGAGCUGGAAAGGUCAUCUGUGAUGUCAGCAACAGUUCCAUCUUAUGAUGCCAUCCAACCACCAAAUGAUGUAAUUGAGGUAUUUAGAUUACUACUGAAACCACAAAUACAACGCUACAUGAGAAGUGUGAUCACCCAGUUCCAUGAGACCACAUCCCAGAUUGACAAUACAAUGACUGAUACAUGCAUACCCACAUAUACAACAAUGUCACCUGCCACAUGGACACAAGACUCCAAUUAUACGCAACCAGCUCCCUGGACUCCACAAAUUACAGAGCCAUCGCUUCAUCAGCAGAUGCCAACACUGCAGAUUUCCCCUCCACAUUCAACACAUUACAUGCCACCUCGACAGAUGCCACCUCAGAUGCCACCACAGAUCUCACCUCAGAUUACACUGAAACAGAUUCAACCGCAAAUCACACUGGAACAGAUGCCACCACAAAUUUCACUGGAACAAAGUCCAAUGCAACACAUGCUUCCAAAUCAUGCAAUUCCAUCCCAACAUGUGACACCACAAAAGAUGAAUACCGCACCACAACAGAUGCCAUCAAACCAUGUAGACAGCCCAAUUACACCAAGGAGGUCACCUAGGAAGCAUGUAUCUACUCCAGAGCUUUCUGAUGGACAGAUGACGAGGCUCCUGUCAAACCAUCCCUUGACAGUUAGGAGGGAUGCACUGAGGAAAGCAAAAAGUGCAGCAAAAAAGGUUCAUUCCUCAAAGAUGGCCUUCACUUUGACUGCAAAACUCCUUCCUGCAGUUUUUUCAUGUGAGGAGUUGGCCCUCAGUAGAGGACAAGGUCUAAAAUCAAAAGAUGGAGACAAAAGACCUGUUCUUGAUGUCACAAAGAUGACAGUUUUAAAAGAAUACGUAGCAGUGUGGUGCGAGAAGAAUGGUGGAAAACAUGGGGAGAAGGAGGUCAAUGAUGCAGUAACGGAGCAGAUUUCGUAUGCCAGAAAAAAAUUAAAGGGGAAGAAAAAACAAGACAGUUAAGACAGACAAGUCGACAGCUGAGUGGCUUCAAAUUUGUAAAUUUGAGUGAUUAUGAAGUUAUUAUUUGAUUGUUAGUUGUACAAUCUCCUUAUCUGAAAACCUCUAUAUUUAAAUUGUAUUAAAUUCAAGACUUAAUUUUUUUAAAUUAAUUUUUUUUAAUUAAAUGUAAUUGUUUCAUAGCAA